AUGUUUUCCCGCGCCGUCCCCGCCCUCCGCACCACCCUCCGCGGCCCCCCCAAACAGACCCUCCGCCGCUACACCACCGCCCCCACCCCCCCCAAAUCCAACUCCACCACCCCGCUCACCCUCGGCGCGCUCGUCGCCGCCGCCGCCGCCGGCUACUACUACUACAACACCACCGCCACACCCUUUGCCAAACCCCUCCCCCCCGCAAUCCCCACCCUCACCGGCGACGGCACCUGGGUCGACCUCCCCCUCAUCUCCACCGAGUACCUCUCGCCCACCACCAAGCUCCUGCGCUUCGCCCUCCCCAGCGAGGACCAUGUCUCGGGGCUGCACGUCGCCAGCGCCAUCCUCACAAAGCACAAGGGCCCCAACGACGCCAAGCCGACCAUCCGGCCCUAUACUCCAAUUAACGACGAGGAUGUGCGCGGCCACAUGGACCUGCUCGUGAAGCGCUACGAGGGCGGGCCCAUGAGCACGCACCUCCACGAGAUGGCGCCCGACCAGCGCCUCAGCGUCAAGGGGCCCAUCCCGAAGUACGAGUGGGCGCCCAACAAGCACGAGCACGUUGUCAUGAUUGCCGGCGGCACGGGGAUCACGCCGAUGUGGCAGCUGAUGAGGGCGAUUUUCAAGAACCCCGAGGAUAAGACGAAGGUGACGCUGGUGUUUGGGAAUCGGAAUGUGGAUGAGAUCUUGCUGAGGAAGGAGCUGGCGGAGCUCGAGAAUACGUAUCCGCAGAGGUUUAGGGCGUUUUAUCUGUUGGAUAAGGCGCCGGCGGGGGAGAACUGGGCGAGGCAGGGGUAUGUGGAUAAGGCGCUGCUGAAGACGGUGUGUCCGGAGCCUGGGAGCGGGAAUGUUAAGAUCUUUGUCUGUGGACCCCCGGGACUGUACACGGCUGUCUCUGGAAGCAAGAAGUCGCCCAGUGACCAGGGAGAGCUCACGGGUAUCUUGAAGGAGUUGGGAUACUCGAAGGACGAUGUCUACAAGUUCUAG